AUGUCUGGGGUACUUAGAGAUUAUCAAGAUGUUUCAACAACAAACUCAGCACCAACAGCUUAUUCAAAUCAUAAAGAGCAGGCAUUAGAUGAUAAUUUUAUUCAAAAUAAUCCAAAAUCAAAAUGUCCAAAUCCAUUUUUAGAUUCAAAACAAGGUGAAUAUUGGUUACAAAGAUAUUCUUCAUCAAAAUAUGAAAACAUCAUAUAUUAUGAUCCCACUCUAAAAUGGACAGCUAAAGAAGAGAAAAAAUUAUUAAACAAAUUAAACUUAACAAUCAUGGUUGUUCUUUCAUUCAUGUGGUUAGGUUUUUUCAUCAAUAAAUCAAAUUUCCAAGAUGCUGUAAGAGCUGGUAUGCCAUAUGAUAUUGAUAUGAAUAUCUAUGUUUAUAAUGGUUCAACAUCAAUUUCAAAUUUUAAACCAGAACGUUCAACAACAAGAGGUUCAUCAUAUUUAAGUUCAGCAUAUGUUGGUGAAGCAUUAACUGUUAGUUCAGAUACAACAACUGUGGAAUAUAUUGAAAGAGCUACACAAAUUAUAUUUGCAAUUCCUUCUGUAUUAGUUGCAAAGAAAAUUGGUCCUGAUAUUUGGCUACCUAUUUUAUUAUGUGUUUAUUGUGCUUUGGGAUGUUGGCAAGCUGCUUUUAAUCAAACUUCAGUGGCAAUGGGUAUCAAAGGUGCUAUGGGUGCUGUGGGCGCUGGAUUUAUACCAUCAACUGUCCUAUAUUUAUCAUAUUUCUUUACAGCAGAUCAAUUAGCAAUGAGAUUAGCAUGUUUAUGGAUCUUUAGAACAUUAGCAGAGAUUAUUACAGGUUAUUUGAUAUAUGCAUGUAUUAGAAUUGAAUAUGCACCAAAAUAUGUGAUGGAUGGCUGGAGAUUUGCAUUUAUGAUUGAAGGUGUUGUUACAUUUGUUGGUGCUUUAAUUUGUUCCUUCUUUUUACCAAGAUGUUUAUCCAAAAAGCAAAAAUGGCAACCUGAAAUAUUAACUGAACGUGAAAAGGAAAUUCAAAUUAAUAGUAUCUUAAGAGAUGAUCCAUCAAAAGGUGUUACAAACAAUACAAGUAUUGGUGGGGCUAAAGAAGUUGUCAAAUCAUUAUUAGAUUUUGAUCUAUAUCCAUUAUAUGCAAUUGGUCUUGUUGCAUUGAUUCCAUAUAGUUGUUAUGAAGUUUAUCUUUUAUUUGUUAUUAAACAAUGGAUUUUUUUCCAUCAAUCAAUCGCCCAAUAUUCAUUAAGAACAAUUUGGAGAAUUAUCUUAAUAAUUUUCAUUACACCAGUGACUAAGAUUUCAGAAGUUUUAAAUGAACGUUCAUUAGUUUGUCUUGUCUUUUUUGGAAUUUGGCAAAUUCCAUUAACUGCUGUGAUGACAUGGUGGGAGAAAUCAAUUAGUGAUUAUUGGGGUUCAUAUCCAGUUGUUAUAUUAGCAUUAGGUGCACCAAAUAUCAUUGCUAUUCUACAAAGUUGGGUUUCAAGAAAUUCAGGUUCAAAUACUAAGAGAGCAAUAUCUUCAGCUUUAUUUAUGAUGUUUUUCGAUGCUGGUUAUAUGAUUUCUAAAAAUGUUUAUAAAUUCCAUCAAUUACCUCGUUUAAGAGAAGGUUCAUUAUAUAACUUCAUUAUUAUUUUGAUUCUUUGUGUCUUGUUGGUGGCUACAAAGGGUUAUUAUAUUAUUAGAAACAAGAUGAAGUUGAGAAAUUGGGAAAAUUUGAAUGAAUCUGAUCAAGAUAAUUAUUUGGCAAAGAAUGGUUGGUUAGGUAAUAGAACUUCAUUUUUCCAAUAUUCACAUUAA